AUGACUUCUCAUCAAGGAAAGAGCCAGUUUGUGACUGAAAUUGCCACAAUAUCUGUUGUCCAACACCGAAACUUGAUCAAAUUGCAUGGAUGUUGUAUUGAGGGAGGCAAACAGCUUCUUGUUUACGAGUCUCUGGAAAAUAAGAGUCUUGAUCAAGCACUUUUUGGUAUAGCAAAAGGUCUAGCUUUUCUUCAUGAAGAGUCACAGCUAAGAAUCGUCCAUAGAGAUGUGAAGGCAAGCAACAUUCUGCUAGACUCUAAUCUGAAUCCUAAAAUAUCAGAUUUUGGUUUGGCCGAGCUUUAUGAUGACAAUAAGACUCACAUUAGUACUCAUGUUGCUGGAACAAUUGGCUAUCUUGCACCAGAAUAUGCCAUGCGCGGACAUCUUACAGAGAAAGCUGACAUGUUUGCUUUUGGUCUUGUGGCGCUAGAGACUAUAAGUGGCAGGCCGAACUCUGCUCCUAAUUUGGAAGAAGAACAAAUAUAUCUUUUUGAAUGGGCUUGGAACUUACAAGAACAAAACAAUGAAGGUGAUCUUGUGGAUUCAGAGUUAUCCGAAUUCAAUGAAGAUGAAGUGAGAAGACUCAUAAGAGUAGCUCUUUUAUGCACUCAAACAUCACCAACAUCAAGGCCAUCAAUGUCUAGAGUUGUGGCAAUGCUUUCAGGAGAUAUUGAAGUAAGCACUCAAAUCUCAAGGCCUAGUUACUUGGCUGACUGGAGUUUGGAUAUUCUAAGCAGCAUAUUAAGUGAUGUUGUAACUAUAGGAACUGAUUCUACCUACUAUGAUUCGCCUGCUAGUACGAGCAUGGUGGGGGAUACAUUUCCAUCGCCUGCCAAAGGCACCACUCGUCCAAUUCUUCAAAGCUACAAGUCCAAAGGCUUUGUGGGGCCUUGGGUCUUGCAAGGUUGGCGAGGUGCUUAG